AUGCCUUUGCUUCUGACUAGAAGAUUGGUAUUGUUAUUUUUCUGGAUUAUAGUGCAAAGUUCACCAGCCUCAGGAUCGGAGGGGCACAGUUUAGUUUCUGAUUGCCCAUCCUGUGCCCUUGGCACUCUCUCCAAGAAUGUGCCCAGCUCCCAGCCUGAGAUGGUAGAAGCUGUAAAGAAGCAUAUCUUGAACAUGUUGCACUUGAGAGACAGACCUAACAUCACUCAGCCAGUGCCCAAAGCUGCACUUUUAAAUGCUAUCAAGAAACUCCACGUCGGAAAAGUGAGAGAGGAUGGUAAUGUGGAAAUAGAGAAUGACAUUGGAAGAAGAACAGAAAAGAAUGAAUUGAUGGAACAAACAUCUGAGAUCAUAACGUUUGCAGAAUCAGGUCCUGCCAGAAAAAUGCUGCAUUUUGAAAUUUCUAAAGAAGGCAGUGAAUUGUCAGUGGUGGCUCAAGCUGAUGUGUGGCUUUUCCUUAAAGUAUCUAAAGGUAACCGUACCAGAACAAAAGUGACCAUUCGAUUACAUCAGCAACAGAAACUGCCUAAGCGAAGCUCUCAACUUGUGGAAGAGGAAAGUGGACGUAAGGGAGGAAAAAGUGAAAUUCUCAUUUCUGAAAAGGCAGUUGACACU